GCUUUGCUUUGCGAUUCGAAGCGUGUGCCACUGAUUUCGCUUUGACUGUUUACAAAAUAUCUACCGAUCGAUCGGCGGAACGGUUUUUCGCGAAAAAUGGAAUUUUUACGGGAAAUUUGAGUAUUUUCCGGAGCGCGUUCGUUAGUUUGUGAUUUGUUGUAAUCGGGGUAGUUACUGAAAGUGUUCGUGUGUAGAAAAAGAGUGGAUAUUCGCUUAGUUUCGGUGUUUUUGUGGGUGUUUUCAGUCAGUGCAAAUUAGAAGUAGAAAGAUGAAGCUCGUAACGGACGCUAGCUGUGAGGCGCUGGAACCGGUCCGGAUUGCCAUUCGCGAACGUCCCAUCGGAGGGGAUGAAGAAGCUGUGGAAAGUAUUAUUCAGCACCACAGUGCGAAUGAUCAGAUUUUGAUUGUGGACGAACGGCCGUUUGCGUUCGAUUAUGUGUUCCGGCCGGAAUCCUCCCAGGCGCUGGUUUAUGACGCGUUGAUUCGCCCGCUGGUGGUGAAGAUGAUUAAUGGGUUCUUCUGUACGGCGCUGGCUUACGGGCAGACUGGCACCGGCAAGACCUAUACGAUGGGUUUGCAGUGGGACCACAGCGGACCGCACGACAUCAAUCGGGGAAUGAUUACGAGGGCGUUGGAUCAAACGUUCGAGCUGCUAAAGGAAUCACGGGAUCAGGAGGAAUACGAGAUUCAAGUGUCGUUCAUUGAAAUUUACAACGAGAAGAUUUACGAUCUGUUGUCGGAUAAUUCGGCCGAGCCGGUCAAUACGAGGGGAUUAAAAUUCAACGGUGGAACGAAAAAACUAGUGACCCGGGCCAAUCAAGCGCAGGACAUCCUGCUGGAAGGGAACAAGAAUCGUCACGUUCGACCGACCAAAAUGAACACACUGAGUUCGCGGUCGCAUGCCAUUUUCAGUAUUCACGCUUCGGUGGUGCAUGACGAUACGCAAAUAGUUUCCGCCCUGCAUCUGGUGGAUUUGGCUGGGUCGGAAGGAGUUCGCCGUACUGGACAUCAAGGAGCGGCCCUAGCCGAAGGAGUUCACAUCAACCAGGGUUUGUUGAGUAUCGGAAAGGUGCUGCAAGCACUCUCCAUUGGAAGCAAAGUUAUUCCCUAUCGGGACAGUAUUCUCAGUACGGUGCUGCAGGAUUCGUUGAAUUCGAACUCCUAUCUGACGCUGCUGGCCUGUGUCAGCCCGAUGCCGGAGGAUCUGAGCGAGACGCUGUCAACCAUUCGGUUUGCCCAGGGGGCCAAGACGCUGAAGAACAAUCCGCAGAUCAAUGCCAUUGCGGCGGAACUGAAGGCAAAAGAACGCGUUCGCACGCCGGCCAAAAACUACGUCCCCGGAUCCGGUGCGCUCAGAGCCAAAAACCUGAACCCCAAAACGCCCAAAUCGGCAGCCAAGCGGCCGAACGGAGCCGCAGGAUCAUCGGUCAAGAAGGUCCACAGCAACACGUUCUGCACCCCGAGCAAAAUUCGCAAACUGGACUAUGGCAAGCUCAAUUCGACCAUCGCGCCGGGCACUUUCAACAAACCGGCUCCACCACCACCACCACCUCCACCAGCACCAGCCGCGCAGCCAGCAGCUCCGGUGAUUGUUGCUCCGCCGACCAAAGCGGCACUGCAGAAACACUGCACAGCAAUGAUGCCUCCUCCGUUACCGGCCGUGCCUCGGUUCAGUGAUCUGUUGGAGAAGGAUUUCGAUAACCUACCGGCUGACUCCCGAUCCUCGAUGUUCAGCCUGAAUCUGUCCAGUUCGACCUCGGUGGAUCAGCCGAUUUCCGCCUGCAGCAGUGUGAUCACCCAGAGUACAAAUUCCAGUUACAGUCCCAUCGUGAAGAAGUGCAUGGAAACCUUCGAGGCCACCAUCGAACAAAAGCUGGCGCAAAUGUUCGAAAAGAUCCAACACAUUCAACCGGCUGCGCCGGCUAUUGCUCCCCCAGCACCUUCAGUUGCCCCCUCCUCUGAACCGAUUCUGAUCGAUUGCACCAAUUCGGACGCCGAUCGCCGGACAACCGCAACACCGGCAGCGGCAUCUUCCUCUUCGAUUCCAGCCGCUUCCUCUGCCAUUCCGUGGGACCUGAUUCGUCGGGAAAUUCAGGACGCGAUCCGUUCCGAAAUGAGCACCAUCAACGAGUCCUCCCAUCUGCCCAAGUACGAAAGCACGCCCUGCCAGGGACAGCAAAGCGAACCACGUACGGUUCCAGCUUCCAAAAGCGUCGUUAAACAGCGAGUUAAUCCUGCCCUGCAGCGUCUGAGGGAACAAGCUAACAUGUCAGCGAACGAUUCCGCCGGCGAAGGGGGACUGAACGGCACGAUUGUGGCCAACACCAAGACUCCGCGUCGAUUCGAAGUCAUCAGCGUGGACAGUGACGAAGAGGAUAACGCCGAUGAAAAUGGGGUGGUCGUGCGACGAAGACGAUCCGGAAGGCUGUCCGGUCAGCGUCAGCCUUUCGGAGAGAUUGACGCCAACGUCAGCUACAAGCAGGACACUACGACAACGACCAAGACCGUACAGAUUACGAGCGAAGAUACCUACCUGUGGCAGGUGGACAACGGGCAGGUGCGUCGCCGCAGCACACGGAUCUCGAUGCGCAGGACAAUGGCUCACCAGCACAAGAAAGGAUGCUGUCAGUCGGCUAAGAAGAAGAAACCGCGCUUCGAACCGUUGAUCGAAGACGAGAAGGAGAAUCUUGAGCAGCAUAAUGUCACGCAUCGUAGCAAGGCGAUGCCGCUGACCAUCAGCAAUAAGGUGAUCGCCGGAUACUUCCAAACGCCGGGCGGUGGCAAGAAGGAGCCCAAGAUGACUGCUCUGAAGCAUGGCAAGGCCGUAUUGGACCUGGUCAACCGAGGUAGCAUCAAGGAAGUGCAGAUCCUUCCCACUGUAGGGCUGAAAAUGGCCUACCAGAUUGUCACUCAUCGCACCAUAAACGGAAAGUUCAAGAAGAUCGACGAUCUGGCGAAGCUUUUUGUCGGAGGCAAAAAGUGGAACAAAUUUUGCGAGGCGAAUUAUCUAUCCUAGAAAGCUACUUAGCAAGCGGUAGCAAGCGAACUAGUGCGCAAGCUGUGAGUUGUAGCGUAAUCUUCUGUGUGGUCUCGUAUAUUUUCCUCAUAUAUCAACUUGAUUUUAAGCCUGGUAGGUAAGUUCAUUCCGCUUCCAUUACGAAUUCAUCUGUCGACGCACCUUCAUUUGCAAGCAAACCCACCUACUUAUAAUAGAACUUUCGUAGAAGAAAGACAUUUAUUCCAGAAGUAUAAUUAUUUUACAGACGUAGCUUUUCAAACCGAACUUUCACAUACCUGUAGUACCCUCAGCGUACCAAUAGCCGCUCGUGUUCCAAUAGCCGCUCACGAGCUUAGAAAUGAAGGAUAUUUGCAAAAAUACAAUGUUUUUAUCACGGUUAUUCAAAAUAUGCGUGCCGAAUUACAGUUGCACGGGGAGGACUGCACAUAUUUAUGUCAAAAAACAUUCGGUUCAUGACGGUGAGCGGCUAUUGGAACACGAGCGGCUACUGGUACAUUGACGGUAGUUUAAAUAAGUCGAUCAUCGAAUCGGUGAGGUGUAUUUUGAUAUGUUUUUGAUUUGUGUAAGAAACUUAAGAAUGUCCAAUGUCUGGGCGGUGAAUAUGUACUAGCAGUAAGCUCGUGUGAGUUCGCAGAUGUCUUAUAAUUGAAUAUAUUUGUCUAAGUUUCUUCUUUCCUGGAUUCAA